CCUAAAGACUUCAGAGCAGAUUGUUUCCAGGGGUAGUGAGAGACAUCUGAAUAUCAAGAACAACAUCUACAGAAUCCGACAUGAAGUUUGUUUGUAUGAUCCUUGUCAUUGCGGUGGUCAUCAACUGCAUGGCAGCAAUGACAGCUGAAGAGGAUUUCAUCGAAUCUCUUCACAAAAGAGCCUGCAUUACCCGCGAUAAAGAUUGUAAACAUGAAAAGAACAAUUGCUGUGUAGGCCUCUAUUGCCAAAAUCAGAUGAAUAAAAAGGGACAAUGGUUGUGUAAAGACAAGGGGACGAAACCACCUGAGGGUGGCCCAGGUUUUCACGGCGGGCUCAGGGCAAGUGGGGGUUCCUCAGGAAAAUCCAACACCAAGAAAGGAGGCGAAUGGGUUGGAGAGAUGAAAAAAUUCAAACCAAGGUAAACAGCUCUAAUUGACCCAAAGGAAAAAGACACCAAUUUGUUUUCUUAAUUCUGCUGUAGAAUAUAUUAACCAAAUAAAGUGUUGUAACCGA